UAUCACAAACACAGUUUCCUAUCAAAAGUUGGAGGAAUCGUAUAUGUAAAAAUCCAGCAAAAAUAAACUCUCAGACACCAUCAUGAUGUUGCCUUUGAAGCUCAACUUUCUCAUAACCCAUCCCCACCUCACUUUCAUCGUACUACUCCUCUCAACGCUGACCCUUUUCCUCUUUCAGUUUCUCGCCGCGAAGUCGCGACGGAGAGUGUUCUUGGUAGAUUUCGCAUGUUACAAGCCGCCGGAGAGCCAAAAGUGCAGCAGAGAAUCGGUGGUGAAUCGAGCCAGGCAACACGGGUACUCAGAGGAGAACUUGAGCUUCAUGGCGAAAGUGCUGCAGAGAGUGGGAGUCGGCGACUCAUCCUACGUUGCGCAAUCUAUAAUGUGCGAUCCUCCGAAUCUCACCAUGGAAGCGGCGAGAGAAGAAUCGGAAAGCGUGAUUUUUGGAGCCGUAGAUGCGCUGCUGGCGAAGACGAAAGUGGAUUGCAGUGAGAUCGGGAUAUUGAUUGUGAACUGCUGUGUGUUUAGUGUGUUCCCUUCUCUUUCCAGCGUUAUAGUGAACCGGUACAAGCUUAGAGAAGAUAUCUCCAGCUACAAUAUUACUGGAAUGGGGUGUAGUGCCGGUCUCCGGGCCAUCGGCCUUGCGAAACAGCUACUUGAGGUCCACCCAAAUGCCUGUGCACUGGUAGUUAGCACGGAGAACACUACCAGCAGCGCGUACGAAGGCUCAGAACGCUCCAAAAUCUUAGUCAACUGCCUAUUUCGAAUCGGCGGAUCCGCUGUCCUCCUCUCAAACAAACCUUCGCAACGGGAAUCCUCAAAAUACGAGCUCCUCCACGCUGUCCACACUCAGACGGCGAGUUCUGACGUUUCCUACAGAUCCAUUUUCCGCGAAGAAGAUGCAGAGGGAUUCACAGGUGUGACUAUUAACAAAGAUCUCUUGACGGCAGCAAUUCUCACAAUCGAACAACACAUGAAAACGUUGGGUGUGCUAAUCCUCCCUCUCUCCGAGCAACUCCUCUUCGUUAAAAGCUACAUCAUUCAGCGUCUCAGUCAGGCGAAGAUCAGGCCGUACAUUCCGAAAUUCAACCGAUGCGCGGAACAUUUCUUGCCGCACGUAGGCGGGAAACCAGUGCUGGAUGAACUGCAGAAGAAUCUAGGCUUUACUGAUGCCCAUAUGGAAGCCUCGACGAUGACUCUGCAUAGAUUUGGGAAUACUUCCAGCAGCUCUGUUUGGUAUGAACUAGCGUACGUCGAAGCUAAGGAUCGGGUAAAGAAGGGCGACCGGAUCUGGCAUAUCGCGUUCGGGUCGGGUUUCAAGUGUAGCAGUGUGAUCUGGCGGGCUUUGGUGGAUGUCAGGGCUGAGGAGGAGAACCCAUGGAUGAGCGACAUUAAUGAUUAUCCCGUGGAUUCGGACAACGACGGUUCGUUUCCUUACUAUUUUCAACCAGCCAAACAGCAAUAAUCCCUUCAAUUUCCUAAAGCUUGAUAAGCGACAAUGGAGGGUACUGCAUCGUGCUUUUACCCACUGAGACUUGCGGUAAAAUAUUAAGUUCAAUUUGUAAUGUUCUGCAACUAAGAUUAUGCAUUAGUCCACUACUAUGCUCAUUACGAGCAUUCUUAUAUGUGUGCUUAAAUUUUCGAAAUAUAUAAUUAAAGAUAUUGAUUAAGUUUU